CAUGGUUUGGGGUUACUAAUCUGUCUGCCCCUACCUCCACCUCCUCCCUGUUCUGUCCCCCUCCUGGACUGGCUGGCAUGCGCCUGGAAUAAAAAUGUGUAAGGCCUUUUGUCCUGUUGGUUCGGUGGAACAGCUCUACCCUCAGACAGGAGAAUAGGAGCUCGGUGAGAACAGGUCUUUCUUCUCUCAAAAGAGGAGAGAAACAUGUCUACUUGAAUAGGAGCAGAAGAAGAAGAAAGAGGAAGACCCUCAGUCUCAUCAGCCUGGAGAUGCACUUGGUAUUUCAUUCAAUUUCUUCAGUUGUUCCUUUGCUAUGUGUGAUCUUGAUACUAUUUCUCUAAACUGUCAGAGGCACCAAGUAAAAAAAAAGUUUAUAGCCUGCUUCUGUUUGUGUUAAGUAAUUUGUCUGAUAAGACAAGAGGCUUGCUCUGGUCAGGCGAGCUGCACACUGAGUGUUACCCAAGCUAAACCUGAGGGAGGAUUAUAGGGGUUAUGAAAAAUAUACUGAUUAAUUGUGAUGUUUUCUGUUACAUCACACUCUCUCCCUCUCUGUUUUUUUAGAAGACAAAUGGGGUCAGAGCUGUCUUUGGAAAGCAGUUUUCUCUUUGAUAUGGAUUCAGCCUGCAGCUCCUGACGUUUACUGAGCAAAAAGGAUAGAAGAGAGGAGAGGACGCUGGUGCAGUUUACAUACAGGCUGGUAGAUAGACCAGUACACUCACAAUCAGUUCAGGAUGGUAGAAUCAGCUGAGGACAGAGAGACGAUGACCAGCCAGCAGGCUCUGUGUGACCCUGUGCAGAAGACCAGCAAACGCAUCUCCACUCUCAAAUUGUUCAUUAUAGCGUUGUCCUUCGCCUAUUUCUCCAAGGCCCUGACAGGGACCUACAUGAAGAGCUCCAUCACUCAGAUUGAGAGACGAUUUGACCUCUCCAGCACGCACAUUGGACUCAUAGAUGGCAGUUUUGAGAUGGGCAACUUGUUAUUUCUAGCCGUGGUCAGCCAUUUUGGUGCAAAGCUUCAUCGGCCCAGACUCAUUGCUGUGGGUUGUUUCCUGAUGGCUGUGGGGGCCUUUCUCACCGGCUUGACACAUUUCUUCAUGGGGCGCUACAAGUACGACACAAUCAUCCAGGCUUUCCAGAAUGACUCUGUGAGCAUUGCUGCCUGUAUGGAAACAGAAGAUGUGCCCGAAAUUCAGAUUGAGCCCUCUAUGGAAGACAGCAAAGUCUGUGUGAAAGAGUCUAGUUCACACAUGUGGAUCUAUGUGUUCCUGGGGAACGCACUGCGGGGGAUUGGAGAAACCCCAGUCACACCUCUGGGCAUCUCCUACAUCGAUGAUUUUGCUAAAGCUGAAAACUCUCCCUUCUACAUCGCUUGUCUCCAGACUAUUACUCUCCUGGGCCCCAUGUUUGGUUUCCUCCUGGGCUCCUACUGUGCCAAACUAUACGUUGACAUUGGCUAUGUUGAUAUGGAGACUGUGACCAUCACCCCUAAAGAUGCCCGCUGGGUAGGAGCCUGGUGGUUGGGCUUCAUGGUGUCCUCCGGCCUCUUGCUCAUUUCCAGUAUUCCCUUUUGGUUCCUUCCCCGCUCGCUGCCCAAGCAGGGGGGGGAUAAGGACAAGCCAACACCUGUCCAAGAAAUUCUGGAUGGGACAGAGGAUGCCCUCAACAACAACCACAACUUGAAGCUAACUGAAAUCGCAAAAGGAUUUCUUCCCUCGCUAAAGCGUCUGUUGGGAACUCCUGCCUACUUCCUGCUUCUUUGUGGCAGCAUCCUGAAGUUCAACUCCUUCAUUGGCCUGUUCACCUUCAAAGCCAAAUACAUGGAGCAACAGUUUGGACAGUCCGCAUCCAGAGCCAACUUCCUAAUAGGUGUGGUGAACCUGCCAGCAGUGGCAGUGGGGAUCUUCCUGGGAGGGCUGCUGAUGAAGAGGUAUAAACUGAGCGUGGUGUCCGGGGCUCAGCUCUCUUUUUGCACGUCCUUCUUGGCGUACCUCCUCUUACUGCUGCAGUUUGGCACCAAGUGUGACAACAUUCCCGUGGCAGGGCUCACCAUCUCCUACAACGGGUCAGAGCUGAGACAUGAAUGGACAAGGAGUGUAUCGGACAACAGUGAAAUGCUCUUCUCAGAGUGUAACAGAGACUGCUCAUGUUCAGCAGAGGAGUGGGACCCCGUGUGUUCAGACAGUGGCAUCACCUACAUUUCUCCGUGUAUGGCUGGCUGCCUCAACUCCAGUGGAUAUGGCAAGAACACAGUUUUUCACAACUGCAGCUGUGUGUCUGCCUCCUACCCAGCAGGCAGCAGUACGUCAGUGAGGCUGGGCCAGUGCCCCCAUGCCAAGGACUGUAGCCGGAGUUUCACCUCCUACAUGGCUGUGUCUGUCCUCAGCUCCUUCAUCAACUCUCUGGGAGCCACUCCUGGCUAUAUGGUCAUUAUGCGAUGUAUCUCACCAGAGCUCAAAUCCCUUGCGCUGGGUAUGCAGGCCUUGGUCACUAGGACUCUUGGUGGAAUUCCUGCACCAGUAUAUUUUGGAGCCCUGAUUGACUCAACUUGCCUCAAAUGGUCGCUCAAGAAAUGUGGCGGCAGAGGGGCGUGUCGCAUUUAUGACGCUGAUACGUACAGGACCAUCUUCCUGGGUCUGAUCACUUGUCUCAGCGGUUCUUCCUAUUUCUUCAUCAUUGCCGUUAUAGUCCUCCUCAGACGCCAGUUCCGGAAGUCUGACCAAGAAACAAAGACACAACGAUCAAAAGCUUCAAAGGAAAUUGAACUUCGGACCCCAUCAAACCCCAAUGAGGACCGACCCAGUGCUCCUAAAACUCAGAAGCUCUCUCUUGCCCCCAGAGUUUGCGCAAAGAUUGUGAUAGAACCUGAGGUGGGAGGGGAGGUUCACAGUACAGAACUGCUCCCACCCUCCAGUCAUAACACACUGGAGACCACUGCUGAGGUAACUCCUCCUAGUCAUGGAGCUAAGAUAGAGAUGGACGGGCUGACAUCAGAGGAGGAGGUGAAAGAUGGAAAUGUCUGUGAGGAGAACACUGCACAGGUGAAAGAAGAGGAGCUGGACCAUCACAUCAGGGACAAGAAUGAGUCAGAGAAAGAAACAGCACAAAGCAAAGAAACUGACAACCAACAAAAAUAAGUCAUUUACAGUAUGGUUUCAACUACAUGGCCAAAUGGGAUCAUUCCUGAAAUGUUUCCCAGUUAGGUCAAUGGUCACAAUCAAUUGGAUUGUCAAGAUGGAUUAUAUGCGUCUGGGCUAACCUCCUCUAUGCUAACAGUAUUAUUUUCUAUUUUACUGUAUUACAGGAUAGAGCUGUUACAUUACACUUAGUCCUGAAGAGGAAAGGGGCUAUCAGUGGUCCGAUUUCCACUUCUGCAUAAAUUACAACAUAGAAACAUAUCACAAUAUCGAGUGUUAAAAUGGGAAAGUGCUGGAUGUGGGCAGUGACCGAUGAUUCAAUGUGCUGAGACUGUGUAGUGACAAGUUUUGAAUCAUGUGUACAAAUGAUUACAGAUCAGCCCUGCAAGGCCCAAAGUGAACACGAUAGAGAGCAAACUCCUCGGCUAAAACAAUGUAAAUGUUUUUUGUUAAAAUUAAAAACUUUAAAUUAAAAGGCCUUGAAUGAGUAAUAUUAUUGUCGCAUUAUAUUCUGCAUAUCUGAACAGUCUCAAAAUGCUUCAUGAAUACCUGAAUGAUUUUCAUAAAACCAUGCUGUGGAGACAAAGAAAUAAUGAAAGUUACUGCCCUGUUAGGUUCCUUACUUAUUUGCUAAAAGAGAAAAUUGAG